GUCCUUUAUGGCUGUCUUUUUAGGCUGUUCCUUAUUGCUCUUCUGCUUCCUCCAGUAUGGCUUCAAUUUGUUCCUGUAACAGGUCAGGUCGACGUGGAAUGUCUGGGUAGCCUUGCCAGACUCAAACUGAAUUCGGACUAUUUCCACAACAAGUACAUCAGCUUUUCUGCAAUUGACAAAUUUGGCAGGUCUUGGCUGAUAGAUGGAGUCCAGGCUACAAGAUGCGGAUACACCAUCUUCCAGGAUGUCUGGGGAAACAUCGAGCUCCGUGCCUCCCUGCUGGGUUGUUAUGCUCAGAUAGUGGAUGAUCAACGUUUCACUUUGAACAUUCAAAUUACGGCAGGGAUGGAUCCAGAGAUGCGUGGUGCCGUUGUCCUCAAAGUCCCAGUGAGCUGUUCCUAUGGCCCUUGGCAACCCAGGGAAAUAGUCUGUGAGGCAAACUAUAUGGAGGUCUCUGUCAGAAGAAAUGUACCACCAAUCCCCGAUGGCUUUCUUCAAGACCAACCUGAUGAUUGGGAAUCUGCCUUCCCAGAGGUCCAAGCAGGCACACCUUCUGUUUGGCAAGUUGUCUUUCAUGUGGACAAUGGCAAGAAAGCCAUGCUGGUUGAAGAGGCUCAUGCUGUUGGCUACGGGAUCAACACAACAGACACGAGGAUUGUGUUGAGGUCUUCCUAUAAUGCAACCGAGGCUCAGAAGUUGGAGGUCAAUGGGGUUCCUUUCUCCUCCGUGAGAUCGAGUACCUACUACAAGCAGCGCUGGAUGCUCCUCAUGGUGGACACAGCUGUGGCCUGUCCUAUAGAUGGAAUGACUUACACACAAGAGACAAUCACCUGGACUAUCCCAAAAGCUAUCUCCCCCCUCCUGGCUGGAGUUGGCACCAUCACAGAACUGCAAGUGGAACUGGGCAUCAACCUGAACAAGAUUCCUAAGCAAGACAUAGUCCGUCGAGGGUACUUGCUGGAUAGUGACAAGAAUGCCAUUAUAGUAAAGAUCCCUAUUGGGGCACCUGAUGGUAGUUAUAAGAGUGAUGUUGUUGAUGGGCAACUAAUGAGCACCUACAAAAUCAACCUCUACAUAGAGCAUCUCUGGGAAGAUGACAAGAGAGGUGUCACAAAGCACACCAUCCUGAAGGAGAUCAACACCCCUCUGCAGCUCGUGCCAGUAACAGUUACAGACUAUACAAACAUCAGUAUUCAGCUCUUUAAUGCAACAGUUGGGCCCUUCUUACCAGAUGUAGAGCUGGUCAGCGUGACAGUGGAUGAAUCAGGGCCAUUGCCACUUCCUAAGGCUGACAAAAAGGGCUAUAAGAUCUAUGAAACCAAGCAUCCCAAUGGUAGCAAAUAUUACAUUGUGCAAGUCCCUUUUGAUACCCCUGGAAUUGAGAAGAAGUAUGUGCCAGAUAACAUCAGAAACUACAGCACAAUCCCCAUAUUGGGAUUUCGUGUGGUUCCCCAGGCAAAGACCUUUGAUGUUCCAGUUCCUUUUGUUGCUCUGGUCAAGGAUGCAGUGCUGCCUCAGGCUGAGGGGUUCUGUGAUGACAAAGCCCUCUAUUUAGUGAUGAAACGUGGGAAUGUGGACCAGGACUGGCUGCCCUUUGUGAAGGACACACACCUGAACCAGGAGACAGCCCAGAGUCUUGGUUAUACAUUACAUGACAAUCAGACCCACUUGGCCUUGAGAGUGCCCAGGCAUGGUGUGCACAUUUUCUAUGAGGAAAUAGGACCUCUUGGGAUCGUGGCCACUUUCCAGCUGCUGCUGAAGGACCAUCUUGCUCAAACUGAAAUGAUGGAUUUUGCCAUUUCCUGCAGCUUCUCUCCAAAAGAUCUCAUUGACUGCCGGCCUAAUGGCACCAUGGUGAUCUCUGCUGUGAAGCUGGUUGGGGUCCCAGAUAUGGAGCUCUCUAGUCUAGUUCUGAAAGACAAACGUUGCAAGCCAGCCUCAGUGACAGAGGAAGAAGCGACCUUCGUCUUUGAUGUGAGCUCUUGUGGGACAACUCGCAAGUUUGAAGACACCACCAUGACCUAUGAGAAUGAAGUCCUGUAUUUCCUCCCAGGCCAAGCCACGCCUGUCUAUCGGUUGAAAUGUGCUUGCCAGUAUUUCAUUGGUGAUACUCUGAUGCUUCAGUAUACCCCAGUAGAAGCUCCAUCGCCAAGCAUCCUCCCUGGGGUUGGGCUGCUGGCGCUUGCCCUCAAGCUGGCCAGGGACAAAUCCUACAGCAACUUUUACCAAGACUCAGAGUAUCCAGUGAUUCGGUACCUUAGGGAGCCUCUCCACUUCCAGGUAGAGCUUCUCCACAGCCAGGACCCCCAGCUGGAACUUUUUCUGGAGGACUGCUGGGCCACAGCCACAGAGGACAGGAACAGUUCUCCCCAGUGGAACAUAGUGGUUGACAGCUGUGAAAACACCGAAGACACACAUCAGACCACGUUCCAUGGAGUCCCUAGUGCCUUUGUGCCAUUCCCUACACACCUGAAGCGGUUUGAAGUGAAAAUGUUUACCUUUGUGGUGGACAGACAAGCUCUUCAGGGGCAGAUCUACUUCCACUGCAGUGUGGUAAUCUGUGAUUCCAGCUAUCCAACCUCUGAUGCCCUCUGUGCCAGGCGCUGCAUUCCCAGAAGGCAGAGAAUAGGCCGUAGUAUUGAUUCGACCAGUGAUCUGCAGGGAUAUGUCUCAUCUGGAGCAAUUACGAUUGGAAGGAGGAACCAUGCUUAAGCGUCUUUGCAAACUGAUUCGAAUGAGGGCACCCUACAGCUGCUGAGAUAACAAAGGAUAUUUAUUGUA